CUGCUGCUGCUACGACUGGUGCCGGAGUCGAACUUCUACACAGCAACCCAUCCAUGGCAACGCCGUCCGGGAAUAUCUCGUUUUUCAAGCGUAAAAAUAGCUUUCAAAGUGUGCCACCGAACGGAAGCUCGGACCAGACCGGGACCACUGAACGAGGCCUGUCCAGCGAAACUUAGACGCGAUAGUGCGCGGUCACGGCGUAAAGCUGCUUUCAUUCAACGCCGCAUCGGUUCGGAUUGUUCUUACAUGAUGCGUUUGCGAAGUGUUGUGCGGACAAGUGGACAAAACCAUCUUUGUGCAGCCGGAACAGGCUUCCCUGCUGCGGCCUGCUGGCUCGUGUCGUGUUGCAGAACUACCAGGAAAGCACGGUAUGCGCCACGAAGCUGAAGUUAACAGAGCGUGAAGGCGUGACACGGUCAUGUUUUUCCGCAAAUCUGCAACACCAGAGAGCCGUGAUCGGCGAUCGGCUGGUGCAUGACAUUGUUGGUCGAAGCAAAGCUCUGCGCAAUGCCUGCAAUACAAUCCGCAUAUGCGUACAGCACCGGAAGUGUCCAAUUGCAGUGCAAAGAGAGAGAGAAACAGAGAGAGAAAGUAGUGAAAAAAAGUUGGAGGCAAACCAAGAACAUGAAAUCAAAAACCCCCAAAACACACUUUUAUCACACCCCGUCGGUGCAAUCGCGCGCAUCACGACGAUUGAAGAAGAGGAAGAAGAAGAGAAGCAGAUUGUGAGCGAAGGCAGGCGCCAGGCGUAAACUGUAUAAUUUUGUUGUGACGACGCAAAGACACACAUCACACAAGCCAGAACAAAAUAAUGCUGUGAAACUUAUCGAUGAUAUGCCUGCCUGUUAGCGACGAGGCUUCCUCGAGCGCUCAACAUUUGGCAAAACCAUUUAGUCUCAACUAAGUUCCCCUGGACUCCUGGAGAGAGAGAGAGAGAAAGAGGUGUCCCAGGUAAUUCCCCCCCCCCCCCCCUUUCAAUCCGUAGCUCCGUAUGCAAACAUUUAAGGCGGGGGAGGUGACAUGCCAAGGUGUUAAUCUCUAGUGUUGCGAUGCGCUUUUAGAACGGAUAGCAUAGCGUUCGUUACACUGUUACAAUCCGUUAGCAUUAUUACUCGUUGUUUUUUUUUUUGUUUUUUUUUUUACUGGCCCUUCCUCCUCGUUCCCCGUUUAUUAGGCUUGUAUUUGUCGAGAAGGUUACCUGUUUGUGAGUCUUAACGUGUUCGAUUGUUCGAUGUAAAUGGUAACAAAAGAAGAGGAGGGAGAGGGGGCGGAGGAACCCAGGGCUAUUGGUACUAUUGCAAAACGCUUCUAGUCACAGAGUCAGCGAAUUGAUGGUGGUAAGCUCUAGGUAUGGCCGUUCACUGUACAUAAACCGUUGCACAAUACGUUGGUUGCAUUUCCUUCCUUCUGUGGCUUCUCCGUGGCAGAAAAGCUCAGCACUGUAGGUGUUCUGUUGUGCCGCGAGUGUACACAAUGAAGGUGCAAAUAAGCAGACCGGUUAGAAGCUAUUGUCUACAGUGCAAAAGGCUGUAAUCCCGAUCCCUGUGCAAUUUGGUUGUUUUAGAGAGAACCCUGGAAUGAUGAUUCCAUCUGUUUUACAUCUCUUUACACUCAAUGUCCCAUGAUGUCUGCAUGAUAGCCUCGUUCUAUGUCAAAACACACGCAAUGUACAAACUCCUUUAAGACAAAGCUCACCGCGGAUCCCCCAAAACCAUGCGAAGGGUGCUAUUCGCUAUACGCUAGCCGAUCGAUCGGUCGUGGUUGGUGCGAAAGUUGGCGCACCAAGGGAGAACCGAUUAAUUAGAAUCACUUUUUAUUGUAGUACCUAAUACCUUGCACCGAAAAGGUACGGCGUAGAUCCACGCCAAUAUAUUUGUAGCUGUUUUAGAAACAAUCUCAUACUCUACGUCGUCGGCCAUUGGCUAGGGUUAGGGGCAGGCAGUAAGAAGUGGCUUACGACGAGAUCCGCUCAGCUAAUCUAAAUAACAUCGGCCGAAGAUGAAAGUGAGGAUUGUAAAGCGGAAAGCCUUUGGUGGAAUGUUGUUUGUAAAUUGUGUUUGUGUUCCAACUCGUGUGACCGCGAGCAGGGAUUGAAUUAUUAUCGGCGACUAAGCUAGCGGCUCUCCCUUUUACUCCCGUCGCACUCGCCUCAACCAAACUGAGGAUGAGGAUUUUGAAAGAAAAAGCAAUAAUCGUUUUAACCACCAGACCAGGGUGUUGGUAAUUUUUAGCGAUAACUCUACGGUGGUGCUGCUGCAAAAACACACCACAAAUAGAGGUGUGAAAGGGGAAAAGAGGAAAGAGGCUAGCACAGGGCUAACAAUACAACAGCAAGCUCCUUUGAUUAGUUUAAGCUGGUUGGAAAUACCCUGGAACACGGAACAAUGUUUAUACUGGCCGGCGAUGAGACUUAGGGAAUGGACGGACGAUUAGCACGGAGUAAUGAUAAUUUGCAACGCAUUUUUGGGUGUUCUAGCUCUUAUCUUGGUCUUACCGGGGCCGAGACCGGUUUUAUCGCGCGUAUAUCAAAAACCUUUAGGUUAUAACUGAACGAAGGACAAAUCAAGCGAGCAUUCCCCGAGCGAACGAGCGAGCGAGCGAGCGUUUGGCGUUAUGGUGCGACUACUUGACUACUUCUGUGAAAAAAAUAAAACGGCUCUAAGUAGACAUUUUUAAUACUAAAUAGUUUAAAUUAAAAAAACAACAACAACCGUUUGUGGAGAGUUUGCGCCGUUUUGGGCCCGAUGCUGUCAUCAUUCCUUCGAGGAGGAGGAUUUCGAUGAAUCCAAAUCCGGGAUUUAGGUUUAGCGCGAGAAACAUCCACUGGUAGAUUAACGGUUAAUAAUAAUGGUUAGCGUGUGCAGCGGCAAAGCAAACGUUGGUUUAACCUCUACCACUCUCUUGCUCUGUAGUAUUGAGGGGGCGCUGAGAUCUAUUUUAAAAUAAUAAAAUAAAAAACAGAUUAACAAUUAUAUUUAUAACGGAGACAAGGGAGGAAGGUAGAGCGAGAGAGAUAGCGAGCAAAGGUCAAAUUUAUGUAGGGUUUAGUUCGAUCAACGAACGGCCAAUCAUGCGCAACACAUUACAGUUGAUUGAGAGUUGAUUGUAAAAUUUGAAACAGUUUUAAUGCCCGGCCUCAGCGCUGGCCAGUAGUAGAUAGAGAGUACUGUCUCUCUUUCUCUCACGUACGUUUAUUGCAAGCAGCUUGCAUGCUUGCAGGAUUCAUGAAAUGCAAUUUUUGUGUUCGAUUCGUUCACUUUUGUUUGUUUUUUUCCUAGACUGCGCACCUAAUUAUAUCCAGCACGUAAAGUGUUGACCAACUCGGUGCACGGUGGUUCGCAUGGCACAUCAUUUGUUUGACAAUCAUUUGACGUUAAACGUUACUUCUUGAAUAGUUGCUUUCUGAGCCACACACAGAAACACAUUACGCUUAGCACUUUCAAUCAAUCCUACAUGCAUCCUAAUUUAACGUACUAAUCCUGUUUAAAGUAUUUCAUGAGAUUCACAAAUUGUUUGAAACAAAUAGACCUUUCUUCUCCUUCGAAUCGAGCUCAUUUGUUCAGUUCGUUUGCGCUGCGUUGCUACACCGCACCGUUGUGGUGGCCAACAUGCACGCUAAAACGCUACGCACGCUUAAACAAUUCAAUGAAAAGUGCUUUACAUUAAACAUUACCCAGAUAAAUAGCUAGCACGACUGGCGAAGGGCGACACAGUGAGGCAAGGCAAAGGCUGCGAGCCAAUUAACCAAAGAGAAGCGGUCCUUAGAACCAACCAAAACGAACCACACCGAGGAACAGGUGGAAAGGCUAGGCCCUGGCUAGUGGAGCGCGUAUUCGUUUGCUCGUUCACCGGCAUUCCCUAGAGUAUUAGUAGCGAUAUAUAAAUAUAUAGAGGGAUGACGCGAGGCGUGGUUGGGUUUUUUUUGUGGGAAAUAAAGCAAAACAAAGCGAAGCAAACAAAAACUAAAACGAAAAACAAAAAAAAACACACACAAAAUAUCCUUCAUCCUGGCUCGCGCGCAUCCGUGCCGAGAGCGUAAAGGUGGGUAAGCGUUUCUUUCUAAAUCUGUCAAAUAAAAAAAAAACCAAACCAUU